CCACAAGCCACACAAUGCGUCCUCCGCUCAGAACCGCCCUCGUGAAGGCGUCACUCACCAGACCGACAACACCCCUCAACCUCACCCCAUUUAGACGAUACUCGUCCCAAACUCCGUCACCAACCGGCGCCUUCUACAAAACCUUCACUCGGCCAGUGGCGAAAUCCGCCCUCCUCGCCGUCUUUGUCUACCAGCUCGUCUACUUCGGCUGGUCCAAGCUGGAGGUCGAGGAGAUCAAGGAAGAGCGGCAGGGUGAGUGA